AUGUGCCAGGAGCCGACUGCUAGUCGCUGGGCGGAGCCCGGAAAGCUGAAGCAAAUUGAGCACGCAUUGGCGGCAGUCAAGCAGGGAGUCACGUCGCUGGGCAUCAAGGCCACGAACGGCAUUGUGCUGGCCACAGAGCGCAAAUCGACGUCUGUGCUGGUCCAGGCGGACUUCGUCGACAAGAUUGUGCAUGUCACGCCGGAUAUCGGCAUGACGUACGCGGGAAUGGGUCCGGAUUUCAGAGUUCUCACAGACAAGUCCAGAAAAGUGUCGCACACAAACUACAAGAGAGUAUACAACGAAUACCCGCCAACGAAGAUCCUUGUGUCUGAGGUGGCAAAGGUCAUGCAGGACGCCACCCAGAGCGCUGGCGUGCGUCCGUACGGCGUCUCGCUGCUGCUGGGUGGCUACGACGACAACAGCGGGUUCAUGCUGUACCAGGUGGACCCUUCAGGGUCGUACUUCCCAUGGAAGGCCACGGCCAUUGGCAAGGGCUCGAACGCGGCCAAGACGUUUCUGGAGAAACGGUGGAACGAGGAGCUCGAGCUCGAAGACGCCAUCCACAUUGCGCUGCUGACACUGAAGGAGAGCAUUGAGGGCGAGAUGAACGGCGACACCGUCGAGAUCGCCGUGAUCGGCGCAGAGAACGACGACCAGCUUGGGUUCCGGGGUGCCGCCGGCGUGCACGGCCCCAGAUUCAGAAAGCUGUCGCCAAAGGAAAUCAACGAUAGACUGGAAACUCUGUAG